AUGAUUGAAAUUGCUGCCAUGGAUCGAAGCUUCACCGUACGCGCCCUCCUUUCUGGCCUGUUGAUUGGUGUCCUGGUCAACCUCUCCAACACUUACUAUGGACUCCGAAUUGGCGUGGCCAGUCAAAUGUCCAUGGUCUCGGGCCUUCUGGGAUUUGUCGUCUUCAAACUGUUCUCAAGAUGCAUAGAAAGCCCUUUGACGCCUGCUGAGAAUGUUUUAAUUAUCAGCGUAGCCACAGCUACUGGAUGUAUGCCAGUAACUGCUGGGUUCGUUGGUAUAAUUCCAGCUCUUGAAUAUCUCAUCGGCCCGGAGGAGAAUGGCCCACUACGAAUAGCUUGGGAAAGCCUUGUUUUUUGGUCAAUUGGCCUUUGUUUCUUCGGCCUGAUCUUCGCAUCGAUUUUUCGGGAGCAUUUCGUUGUGCGAGAGACGUUGCCCUGGCCCGGAGCCAAAGCAACUGCGCAUCUUAUCAACACGAUACAUCACGUGCCUCCCGAAUUUUCAACUGCUCCAGGUGGCAUAUUGUCCCCAAGCUUAACAGAGGAAAAUCCAAGAGCAGGGCAGUCUGGAACUCCUGUGGAAGAGCGGCUACUUCUACUUGCGCACGGGAGCGGUGGGAGAUGGAAGGUUGGGAUGAAUCGCCUUUUCCAGGGUGCUACUGGAUCUGGAAUAUUUACCAUUGUUAUCUACUUCGUACCCAUAUUAAAGAAAUUACCCAUUCUCGGAUCGCAUGCGGCGAGUGAAUGGCUUUGGAGUAUGGACCUUUCUCCAGGUUUCUUAGGACAGGGAAUUAUCACAGGGCCCAUAAUUCCGUUGCACAUGUUUAUCGGCGCCAUUAUUGGCUGGGGAAUUUUGUCGCCAUAUGCCAAACACCAAGGUUGGGCCCCCGGUGACGUGGAUGACUGGGAAACCGGGUCAAGAGGGUGGAUUAUAUGGGUCAGCUUGGCCGCGUUAUUCGCAGACGCUUCCGUCAAACUUUCCUGGUUUAUUGUCCGGCCUUUUUGGAAGUAUUUUUUCUCCGUCGGACGCCUCCAAAGGCAGCUGGAUGCUCUGCGAAGCAAGAACGACUCUGUGACAUACCCACGGCCUCCUCGAGGUCGAUAUCAGACUGUGCCAACUCAUGACGACUUUGAGACACCUCAAUUCUGUGAUUCUCAAGUGGUGGACCGGUCAUCGAAUCGGUGGUCGCCGUUAAAAGGGGAAAGGGUUCAUUUGUCUGACAGCCCUAUCACAUCUCGAGCGUUGGGGUUGGGGUUCUUAGUUUCCGUCGUCAUUUGCAUCCUGGCGAUAAAUUUCACUUUCGGGAACUUUAUAACAUGGUACCACACUAUCCUGGCAAUAGCUCUAUCACUCCCAAUGGCAGUGAUAGGUAUACGAUCUUUAGCGGAGACGGAUUAUAAUCCCGAAAGCGCCUUGGUAUCGCAGUUAGUCUUUGCGACAUUAAUACCCCAUUCCAACGCGAAUGGCAUAAUUAUCAGCCUCUUAUCCGCCGCCCUCGCACAAGCAGGUGCAAACCAAGCAGGGGAUAUUUCCUUCGACUUCAAAAUCGGAAGUCUCGUUGGAGCACAUCCACGAGCGCAAACUUAUGGGCAAAUCAUCGGCUCUCUAUUCGGCGCUCUCAUAUCGUGCGGCAUAUACAAACUCUAUGCGUCACAAUAUCCCAUACCGGGACCUCUAUUCAGGGUCCCAUCAUCAUACCUUGUCCUUAGUACGGCAAGGCUAGUGAUGGGUCAGGGUCUGCCGGAAGGAGUUGCGCCGUUUGCUUUGGGAGCUGCUAUUCUCUCCAUGCUGAUUACGAUAGUCAAGAUGCGAUAUGAAACCCGAUGGUGGCAAAAGCUAAUUCCCAGUGGGGUAUCAUUGGCCAUUGGAAUUUACAAUGUACCGUCUUUUACCAUCACACGUGUCAUUGGGGGUCUUACAUUCUGGCUUCGUAAAGUUAGGAGCGGGGAAAGUGAAGGCGAUAUGAUAUUCCUUGCUAGUGGAUUGGUGUUGGGGGAGUCUAUCUCAAGCCUUGUUACCCUCGCCCUUACUGCAGCCCAUGUUAAGAGCAUGUAG